AUGAAAGUCCCUUCGAGCGCAUGGACCGAGACAAAGGGGAAAACUUUCCGAGGAAAUCACUCCAGAGGAGUCCAUUUCGGUCGAAAGGAGGAAAAGAGUAAGACAGAGAUUGAAGCCAGCAAGGAUUGUAAAGGGAAUAAAGAGGCACUGGAUAUGAAAUGCGUCAAAUGUAAGAAGGCGGGUCACAAAGCGCGUGACUGCAAGAGUACGGGCACAGGUGAGACAACCCGCCCUCUGUCACUAUCGGCACGAGUUCAUGCAGUGAAGUACAGUCAUGUUCGAGAAACAACAAUGGACAAAGUGUUAUAUGAUAGACGGAAGCGGUUCAUGCUCGAUACGGGAUCGGAGGUAUCAAUUCUACCCGUGAAUGUGCUCAAAGAGGCCAUGGAAGACGGAAUCGACGUUGAUGCUAAAGUCAAAGAAAUCGCGCUGCCCAAAUCACUGAAGGUUAUGGAUGCUUCAGGAAGAGCGAUGGAAUUCCUCACCGCAGUGGAGGUGGAUGUCAUGGACAAAAGUGACAAAAAAGGAAUUUCCGUGCGGAUGUUGGUUUCCAAAGCAAAGGAGGAGCUUAUUAUUCUGGGAACCAACGCAAUCUCACGAAUGGGAUAUGAGCUCAAGAAGAGGUCGAAUAUGAAGGAUGAUGAAGAAGUCGAGCAACAACGAAACCCAGCGGAGGAAAAUCCCGCAGCUGUCGUUGCUCGAAGAGUCUUCAUAGCACCCGGUCAAACAGGAUGUGUUGAUCUCCAAUGUAAAAGUCGGUGGUCCGAGGCAAUCCUCAACACGGAGGACGACAGAAUUCCGGAUGGUCUAUGCAAGAUUAACGCCGAGGGCAUUGCAAAGGUGGCGGUCGUCAAACACCACCGAGGAGCCCAUAGUGAUGCAGAAGGGCGAGAAAGUAGGCAAAUGGGAAGACGUCUACUGGGACAAGGUCCGCCUCGAGGAUACGACAACCGAUCUUCUUUGUAA